ACUUAAAAAAACAUAUUCCAGUGACAACAACGAGGCUUCCUGUCGGUUCCUGGAGAAAGCAGUUGUUGGAGCUUGUUAAGGGCUGAGCGGGGGGAGGCCUGGCAAAAGUGAGGAGAAGAGAAAGAAGAAGAAGAAGAAACAGCAGCCAACGCUACCAUGUUUUCGUUCAAUAUGUUUGAUCAUCCAAUCCCCCGGGUUUUCCAGAACCGCUUCUCAACGCAGUACCGCUGCUUCUCGGUGUCCAUGCUCGCCGGACCUAAUGACAGGUCAGAUGUGGAGAAAGGCGGGAAGAUAAUUAUGCCACCUUCUGCUUUGGAUCAACUCAGCCGGCUUAAUAUCACCUAUCCUAUGUUGUUUAAACUGACUAAUAAAAACUCAGACCGAAUGACCCACUGUGGGGUUCUUGAAUUUGUGGCUGAUGAGGGCAUUUGUUACCUUCCACACUGGAUGAUGCAGAACUUGCUUCUGGAGGAAGGAGGCCUGGUGCAGGUGGAGAGUGUUAAUCUCCAGGUGGCUACUUACUCAAAAUUUCAGCCGCAGAGUCCCGAUUUCCUCGACAUCACCAACCCCAAAGCAGUAUUGGAAAAUGCUCUGAGAAAUUUUGCUUGCCUAACCACCGGAGACGUCAUCGCCAUCAACUACAAUGAGAAGAUCUAUGAGCUUCGAGUAAUGGAGACUAAACCUGACAAAGCUGUGUCCAUCAUAGAGUGCGACAUGAAUGUAGAUUUUGAUGCACCUUUGGGUUACAAGGAACCAGAACGACAGGCGCACCACGAGGAAACCACUGAUACUGAAGCAGACCACAGUGGUUAUGUGAGUGACCUGGGAUUCCGUGCCUUUUCAGGAUCUGGGAACAGGCUGGAUGGGAAAAAGAAAGGUGUUGAACCAAGUCCUUCCCCAAUUAAACCUGGAGAUAUUCGAAGGGGAAUACCCAAUUACGAAUUCAAAAUCGGCAAGAUCACAUUCAUCAGAAAUUCACGGCCACUGGUCAAGAAAAUGGAAGAAGAUGAACCUGGAAGUCGCUUCAUUGCAUUUUCUGGAGAAGGCCAGUCAUUGCGCAAGAAAGGAAGAAAGCCCUAAAUCUGGAUCCCUCGGCAGAGAGACAAUAAAGUAGCCCUGCAGCACUGUU